AUGAAGCCGGCACCUGUGUCUUUGUCAAUCGCGAUAGUUCUUCUGAUGCUCGCAUCGGUAAACAGUCGAAGGUCCAGAUUCACGAAUCUCAAGUGCAGCAGUUUUGAUCCCGAAUUCGCGAAGUUUGAGAAGUGCAAACUGAAAGUCAUUGGCAGAGGAGUUGUCUCUGCCAAUGUAUUUAUAUUAAUGCUGAAGCUGCCGAUUGAUAAUAUAUUCAUCAACUGGAGCGGUUGGCGACGUUAUAAUAGCUUCCAGCCGUUUCUAUACAAUUCCACUUGCGAUUUCUGUAAUCUUUUAGCAGCUCGGAAUAAAGUCUCAUUCGAGUACAUGGUGCUGGCAGCUAUUCAAUCGAGAUCCAAUGUUAAUCAUACUUGCCCCUACAAUCACAAUAUCAUUGUGGAUAACUUGGUGUUCGAUGAUGGGUUCCUGAAGACGCGAGAUGAAUAA